ACAGAAAAGUAAAACAAGAAAAGUAAAACAAGAAUUAAUUAAACACGUUAUUAAAAAUUCCGUUUUUUAAAUCGUCCCUCAAACGCACCUUCAUAGAUGCAGUAGCACAAACGCAGAAGUAACGGGUAGAGAAAGUUUACCGGGACUGGCAUAUUUCGGCAACAAAUACUUAAAACAGCCGGUUUUUAUUUAUUUAUUUUUUAUCGGGACCAGAAAGACGGUUUGAAAAUGCUUCAGUUUUCACUACAAACAGGAGGAACUACAGCUCAAACUGCAGCAGCUAACUGCUAAUGCUAACCUCCCAUCCCCGCUUCCUCCUCUCCAUGCCGGCGGAGGUCUCCGCGGGGCUGCCAUGGCGAAGAUCCGGGUGUCGUACGAGUAUUCCGAGGCUGAGGACAAGAGCAUCCGGCUGGGUUUGUUCCUGAUCGCCUGCGGGAUCCUCAGCCUCUUCAUCCUGGGCUUCUGCUGGCUCAGUCCGACGCUGCAGAGCCUGCAAAGCAAGCCGGCCAACUGCACGGUGGUGUCUGUGCUGCGUCCUGAGGAGAUGUUUGAGUGUGUUUUUACGUGCGGAGCCGACUGUAAGGGAACGUCGCUGUAUCCCUGCUUGCAGAUCUUUGUCAACAACUCCGAGUCCAACUCCGUGGCGCUGCUGCACUUCGACGAGCAGCAGCUGGUCCUCAAUCCAAAGUGUUUUCUGUGUCCCCAGUGCUCCUACGUCCCCCCCUGUGAGAGGGACAACCAGAAGAACAAAGACAACGUUCUGCUGUGGGAGGAUUACUUCACCAAAGAGGUCGGCAGCCAGUCCUUCACCUGCUUCUUCAACCAGCAGAGGAGGCCUGACGACGUGCUGUGGCAGCGUUCCCAUGACACCAGCGUCCUGCUGCACUGCGUCCUCUGGCCAAUGGUGUCUCUCCUUCUGGGCACGCUCAUUGUGCUGCUGACGGUUUGCGCUCGCUCCCUGGCCGUCAGAGCCGAGGCGCUGCAGAAGAGAAAAUGCUCCUACGAGGUUUGCCAGGACUUGUCCAUCACCACCUCUGAUCGCCGCGGCAACAAACCCGGGGACCUCCUGGCAACGAACUCUGACCCGGAGCUGUCGUCGCCAUCAAGGACCCUUCCUCUGUUUGAGGUGCCGGUGAGGCGACGGGAUCGGGAACAUUGAGCCGGAGAGGAAACUUGCUUUCUCAACUGGAGCCGCUGAUGGGCGACUGGACGCCGCGGAGAGCCGCGAUGAAGGGCUGCUGUGAUCUUCAUCAGGAGGAAGAUGAGGGUAAAUCCAUUCUGGUGUGUGUCGGGUUCACCUGAAGCUCUCUAGCAGAUCUUCUCAUUCAGCCUGAUCAGCAGGAGCUGAAUCCACCUCAACCGAUCCCACAUUUCAUCCUAAAUUAGAAAGUCUUCUGAAUUUCCUAUCAAAGCUUUUAUUUCUCACAUUUACACUACAAAAACACAAAAAUUACCAAGUAAUUUUGGUCUGGUUUCUAGUG